AUGGGCCGCUUCCCGCUGGAGCCCUGGCUGCAGCCGCUCCUCAGCCCCGCGGGCCUGGCCCUGGCCGCGGCCCUGCUGCUCCUGGUCCUGUGCCUGCGCGGCCGGCGCACCAGGAGACCUGGUGAGCCUCCAUUGCUAAAAGGCUGGCUUCCUUACUUUGGAUUGGCCCUGAAAUUACAAAAAGAUCCCAUCGGUUUCAUGAGAACUCUUCAAAAUCAACAUGGUGACACGUUCACUCUUCUCCUUGGAGGAAAGUACAUAACAUUUAUUCUGGACCCUUACCAGUACCAAUCAGUGAUGAAAAAUCAGAAAUUAAGCUUUCGAAUGUUUAGUAAGAAUAUAUUAAAGAAAGUAUUUUCCAUCCAAAAGUUGAUGACCAAUGAUGACCUGAACGACGAGCUUCAUGACUGCUAUAAACAUUUACAAGGGAAAUCUUUGGACCUACUCAUGGAGAACAUGACACAGAACCUACAGCAAGUUUUUGAACGCAAACUAUUUAAAACCACAAGUUGGGACAUGGCAUACCUGUUGACAUUCUGCAGCUCAGUGAUAUUUGAGACCACAUUUGCAACCAUAUAUGGAAAAUCUGUUGUUGGUGAUAAGAAAGAAUUUAUUACUGAACUUAAAGAUGAUUUUUUUAAAUUUGAUGCCAAAUUCAUAUAUUUACUAUCAGACAUACCCAUUGAGCUUCUAGGAAAUGUCAAGUCUAUUCAAAAGAAACUCAUAAAACACUUGACAUCAGAAAACUUGGCUAAUAUACAAGGAUGGUCAGAAGUUGUUCAAAUGAGGCAAGAUAUCCUGGAGAAAUACUAUAUGUUCAAGGACUUUGAAAUAGGAGCACAUCAUUUAGGCUUUCUCUGGGCCUCUGUGGCAAACACUAUUCCAACUAUGUUCUGGACGAUCUAUUACCUUCUACGGCACCCAGAAGCUAUGGCAGUGCUGCGUGACGAAAUUGACCAUUUGCUGCAGUCAACAGGUCAAAAGCAAGGGUCUGGAUUUUCCAUCCGCAUCACCAGAGAACAAUUGGACAGCCUGGUCUACCUAGAAAGUGCUAUUCUCGAGGCUUUACGACUCUGCUCAUUUUCGUCCAUCAUUCGUUUUGUUCAAGAGGAUUUGACUCUACCUUCAGAGACCGGGGACUACCUCUUACGAAAGGGAGACCUGGUCGCCAUAUUUCCUCCACUCAUGCAUCACGACCCUGAAAUCUUUGAAGCUCCAGAGGAGUAUAGAUUUGACCGUUUUGUAGAAAAUGGCAAGAAGAAAACCACCUUUUUCAAAGGAGGCAAAAGGCUGAAGCAUUACAUACUGCCAUUUGGAAUGGGAGCCAGCAAAUGCCCAGGCCGAUUUUUGGCAAUCAAUGAAAUAAAGCAAUUGUUAGUUGUACUUUUAUCUUAUUUUGAUUUAGAAAUAAUGGAUGAUAAACCUGUACAACUAGACUACGGCCGCUUCUUGAUUGGUAUUCAGUACCCAGAUUCUGAUGUUUUAUUUAGGUACAAAGUCAAAUCUCAAAGAAUCUAAAAGGCAAAAAAAGAGAUCUAUCAAAACCCACCUAAACAUCGUCAGCUCAUCAAUUUGUUUUUAAUUUCUGCAAAUGUAAUUGCUUUGCUUCUUUUGUUUUAAAAAGUGCUAACUUUUAUUUGAUCUGAGAUCAGUCCAGCUUGUACUUGCUCAUAAAAUAAAACAGGGUGGUGUUGUGAAAAUGGACACCAAAAUUAACAUCGUAAUAAACUAAAAAUAGUGUUUUUAAUUUUCUGCAUACUGUGUUUUUUCACCUGUGAUAGUAAAUAAAUGGCAAUAGAUUUAGCACUGUGGGAUUUUUAAAAGUCACCUAAAUUCUUAUCUAAUAUGUAAAUACACUAUGUACUACUGGAAAUUUGUGCUGGAAAUGAACACAGUCCAACAACUUCCAAAUUCACAGAGAAGGAAAUUAAAUUUCCAGGAGAUAGACUGAAUGAAAAUAUUCCCUUCAGGUAUAAUAUCAAUAAUAUCUAUAUCACCAGGGUAUGUUUUCAUUACACGAGUUGUGCAGUAGAUUAAAUACUUCUACUUCAAUAUUUAAUCACCCAUAAAUGUUCUUUAUUACUUGUAUACUAUAGCUCAAUAGGACAAAAUUUAUUCUGAUAUAAGACCACUCGUUUUCAAGUUAGAUCUGAUAAGAUUUAAUGUAUAAGAACACACAAAACCUAUUAUAUAUUCAGCAAUUGCUCUAGACAUUAGUAUUGGUUUAUUGCAGAAACAAAUGUUGAAAUCAUUACAGGAUUGAUUGUAGCAUUUGGCUUUAGUAUAAACCAUAAGAUUAUGCCAGAAUUGCAAUUUAGUCUUUCCUAAAUGCUUCUAUUUAUAUAAACAGAAACUAGAUAGCAGUAUUUGUUCUUGACACCUCACCUUUUGGACUUGGUGUUUGUUUGUUUUAUUUUGAAUUACAACACUAGGUAAUGAAAUAUAAUUUUAUAUGCCAAAUGCAGCAUUGUGUCCAUGAUUCAAAGAUUUCUAGUAUCAGAUUACCAAGCAAUUGAUUGUCUGGCAUAUGACAUAAAUGAUGCUCUAUCUAAAGAGGCAAAACAGGUAGUAAAACCCAGGUAAUUCAUGCUACAUUAAUGAUAACUUAUAAUAUUCAGAAAUGCGCUAUUGUUUUAAAGCGGAAAUUGAUUUUUAAAUAACAUUGUAAAGUGUUUACUAUACUUAAUAAGCAAAUAGAUUUUCCAGCAUUUAUUUUCUCCUUCCUGAAAUACAUGCUCUAAAUGUUCCUUAGGGAAGGUCCUGUGGUCUAAACAAUACUUUUGCUUGGUUGAAGAUGUUUUCAUUUUGCCCUCAUUCUAGAAACAUGAUUUUACUAUGUGCACACAUCUAGGUGAGAAUCAUUUCCUCACAAUACUUUGAAGAUAUUGCAUGUUCCUAAGGCUUCCAUCGUUGUCAAGAGGUUAGCCUUUAGUCAGUUUAAUUACUCAGUAGAAGUCUGCUCUUUCUCUCUGACAGCUUUAACAUGUUCUCUUUGUCUUCAGUGUUUUUAGUUUCUAUUUAUCAUGCUUGUGAUUCUUGAGACUGAGAAUGUGUGUCUUUCAUCAAGUAUGAGAUAUUCUCAGCCACUAUCUCUUUGAAUAUUACCUCUUUCUAGGUCUCUGUUAGAUUCUCUCACUCUAUACUCAAUGUUGUUUGACCUUUUCUCCCCAUAUUUUAUAGUUCUAAUUUACAUCCUAGGUAAUUUCUUUAGCUCUUCUAGGUUUUUUUUCCCCUCUGUACAGUGUUAUUGAAUCUGCUCUUUAACACAUCCAUUGAGUUUGUUUCUUCCUUCUUUUUACUUUAACCUCAGGUUUAUAGAAUUGAAUAAUCAUAGUCCUUAUACCCAUUAAUUCAUGGUGCACAAUAAUAAUUGGUCCAAGCAAGCCCCCUCUGGCUUCAUUUACAUUUUUUGUUUUAUCCCUAACCCCCACCAUCAUACUCUUCCCAUCAUAGGCAAAUAUUCUAAACUGUUUUUAUGUUUAUCUUUUUAUAGCACAUCUAUUAUUAUCUUGGGUGAAUGUUUUUGAUUGACACAAAUGUAUUUUCUAUAAACCAGAUCCUUCUUAAUUCAAUAUUCCAUAAUGUGUAUCCAUUAUGUUUUAAUGAUCUAUUUUCCCAGGAAGCUGUUGGUAAACUCUACUUCUGUUACUUUGAAGUAGAGGCCAAAGCCCAAUCUUAAACUACCUUACUUUUCUUGCCAUUGCUAUGCCCAGCCACCUUCCACCCUGGGCUACUGCAAACCCCGUCCUCAGCCUCCAUAGCGUGUGCGCACAUACAUCACAACUCACGCCCUGGGCUUUAUCUCCUGCCUGCCACAAAGCAUGGCCCAUUCAUUUUGUACUAGGACAUCUAGUCCACCAUAUUACCUGAAGUGGAAACCUUCAGAUUUUUAAAGUCAUCUUAAUAGUACACUUCUGUGAUGUUACAGCAGAGAAAAUGCAGAAAAUUAUUCCAUUUUAAUUUCUGCUAAAUUUAUAAUUAGAAGUGUGUGCAGGAAUUUAGAAUAGAAAAUAAGAAUAAAUUAAAUGAAAAAAAAAGAAUUAAUUAAAUGGCUAAGAAAAUAUUAUGCAAAAUCAAUGAACAGGAGAACCAAAACAAGAGAGUCCUAAGACAGGCUUAAAUCUAGUAAUUAAAUAGUAUUUGUGAAUAGGAAAAAUGCUGUGGUGAAAUAAUUUAAAGGACAUGGAUUCAAGCUGUGACAUAACUGGUUUGUUAUGAUCAACAAGUCAGUUUGCUUCUCAAUGUUUCAUUUCCUUAUUUUCCAAAAUAAAAAUAAUAAGGCCUUUCGACAUCAGGGUUCAUUGUGAGGAUGAAACACAGUAAUAAGAUGUGUAAACAUUUUGAAAAGUGAAAUGCAAUAUACAAAUGUAAACUUGUAAAGGAGAUACUUUAACAAUGUUGUGCCUUUUAAAAACUACUUUUAUGUAUUUGUAAAAGGAAAUAAUUUUUGUCAUUAGUUAAUGCAUUAUUCAUUUAUUUGAUCAAACAUUCAUCAAGCAUUUCCUCUAUUCUAGAUAUUAUGUGAUGCACUAGAUUACCUUUCCUCAGGAACAUACAAUAUAUUAGGGAAAGCAAUGUACUCACAACUAAUUUAUUGUAAAUGUAGUUGUAAGUAAUAAAUUCAUCUUUUUAAAACUA